GGCCAUAUUGAAUAAGGGAAUGCAGUGUUGCGGCGCUGCUUGUUGAGGGCAACCCGUAAGUGCCCAUAUGGCCAAUGUGCUGCUGGGUUUUCACCACUUAUUCGGGCAGUAAGUCGGCUUGGGGCAGUUGAAUGCCCUGCUGCAGAGGGAUAUUGGAAACAGGCUAACCUCUACAUUUCCUUGGCAAGAUGAGCCACGGCGCUGCGGGGCCCAACAGCAUGGCGUCAGCUGGCACAUCAUCAUCUGGAAGAGGAAUAGGGAAGACAACAAGCUUUGUUCCCGAACUCCAGAGUAUGAUGUUUUCCUUGGGUGAUGCCCGGCGCCCGUUACAUGAAACCGCCGUCCUGGUAGAAGACAUUGUUCACACCCAGCUUAUCAACUUGUUGCAGCAGGCAGCCGAAGUGUCCCAGAUGAGGGGCGCGCGGGUCAUUUCUGCCGAAGAUCUCCUUUUCCUCAUGCGUCGCGAUAAGAAGAAACUGCGGAGGUUGCUGAAAUACAUGGUCUUCCGUGACUACAAGUCCAAGGUCUUAAAAGGAAUCGAAGAAGAGGAUAUUGAAGAGAAGUUCAACAGCAGCAACAACAACGCCAAUAAACGUCAGAAGCUGGCGCAGGACUUUCUCAACUCCAUCGACCAGACAGGAGAGCUCCUAGCCUUGAUGGAAGAUGAUGAGAUUGAUGAGGUCAAGCAGGAACGGAUGGAGAGAGCCGAGAAACAAACCCGAGCAAUGGACCCGGCGCAGUAUGCAGAAUUCUGUGAGAGCCGGCAGCUGAGCUUCUCCAAGAAGGCCUCUAAAUUCCGGGACUGGCUGGAUUGCAGCAGCAUGGAGAUCAAGCCGAACGCUGUAGCCAUGGAGAUCCUGGCCUACUUGGCAUAUGAAUCUGUAGCCCAGUUAGUGGACUUGGCUCUGUUGGUUAAACAAGAUAUGACUCCCAAGACUUGUGACCCAUUCACACAUGCAGUGUCGGCCACCUACAUCCAGAGCCGCAACACAGCAGAGCUGCUUGCCCAGACAGCACCUCUGAAAAGUUGCCCUGACACCCCAGAGAACACACCUCCAGCCACACCCAACCCUCCCUCUGUCGGAGCCCAACACCAGGGUAAGGGCCAAGCUGGAGCUCUUGGGAAUGGUGUGGACUCCAACAAAGCCAAACAGAGGAAAAGAAAAAAGAGCGCAGCUGCCGGUGGGACGGAGGCAAACAGCGAUGCCAUCCAGCCCGGCCACAUCAGAGAGGCCAUUCGGCGCUACAGCCACAAGAUUGGCCCCCUCUCUCCGUUCACGGCAAGCCAAAAAAACAAAGAGCGCUUACCGCAGGACCGGGAUGCCUUUUUUAGCCUGCUAAUAUGGAGGUUGCAUAAGAAACAGGAAAAAUCAGAGGGUUAUAUUAAGGUGAUCUCUUCCUCUGUGAAAAAAAAAAAGGAAAGGAAGGACAAGUUCCCGUCUGGGCUUCUAGUCGGUGGGAUUGUUUGUUGUGACUAUAGACGGACUGACUGGAUGUCUCAUAUUCCAACCCCCUCAGUCGCUCUACUUGUUUACUAGCUGGAACGUUGGGCUAAUUAAUGGCAGGAUGUUUGGGAUGGUGCGUAGGUGGGGGAGUAGGCACAUCACACGGCUUUGUCAUUGCCAAUGAGAGGAUGACUGUCAGCCCACGCGGCCCAACUGCACCGUCAUCUCUUCUGGCCUGGGUGGAGACACUUUCAACAACAAUGUUCUCAGCUGGGAUCAAGGAAAAUUAUACAGAGUUAUUUUUGUCACCGUCUACAAAGAAUCCUUUCCUUAAUAUGCAUCUUUUUUUCUACAUGUUUCUCUGAUCGUCCAUUGGAAAUAUUUCUGCAUUUUUGUUCAUUGUUAUCGCUGCAGUUUGAUAUAUAAAAUAACCCAUAUUUUUUUGCAUUAAACACUAUUAUGAUUGGAUCUUUAUGAAAUAAAAAUUGUGUUGUUUUUU